AUGUCUGGGCUGAGGAGAGAUCAGGAUAUCGCUCUAAUGGACGAUCAGAACAACACUGAGGCUGACGUCAUCUCUGGGUCGGUCCAGUCCGGUCUAAAGUCCGUGAUAAACCCGGGUCUCUCUGCUGCGUCUGAGGCUCUGAGGCUCGGUGUGGCUUUCACCUCGGAGCUCUCCUGUCUGGAUCAUGGCAGCUUCGGCUAA